AUGGAGGAAAUUCGGGAUAGACUCCGUAAGUUGGGUAAACGGGGUAAAGGGGAAGAUAAUCAAAACCCGAAUGAAAGCCUGCCCAGGAAUGAACGAAUCACAGAGCAACCUGAGAGCCGUUUUGUGGCAUCCGUGAGAGAGCAGCCAGCAGUAGCAUAUUUUUCCACGUAUGGCACUUGUGGCAUACUUGACACAGGUGCGUCGAAGUCAGUGAUGGGUAGCAAAUUGCUACCUGCCUUACUUGAGGGCCUUCCAGUUGAGAUGAGACAGCAGGUGUUCAGGACAUCAUGUGACAUCACCUUCAGAUUCGGAAAUCAAGGUACCUUGGAUAGCCAACAUGCCUUAGUUAUCCCCUUAAAAUCUGUAGGUCUGGGUCUCAAGAUUGCAAGCGUGCCUGGCGAAACACCGCUGCUGCUGUCCAACACACUCCUGAGGACUCUCAAAGCCAGUUUGAACAGCGAGCAUCACACGUUGUCCAGUCCUUUGUUGAACCAGGUUGUCAAACUUAAGCUGAGUCCCAGAGGACUCUACAUGCUUGAUCUGAUAGAUUUGCUUCGUGCCCAGAAGGAUUUGCAAGGACCUCGUGAUGCAAUAAUGGCCGAAACUUUCAUGAGCAGUGACUUUUCCAGCGAAAACCAGCAAGCUGAAACGUGUCAGCCAAGCCUCAGUGAAAUACUGGCUUAUCAGGAAAAGGUGUUGGAUCAGUACGAGGAGAGCCAUGGCAUGGUGCCUCUGAAGAAUCCCGAAGAUCUGCAAGGGGUGAUGUUGCCUCGAUCCAAAUGCAUGCCCAAGAGCAAGGCCAUGCCGGCACAUCAAGUGCCUGUGGAGGUGAUCGAGGAGAUUGUGGAUCCCAGCAACCCGUGGGAUGUCAUGGACUACACAGCACUGCAACAGGACCAGACCAACGAGAUGAUCGAGGCACUCCAAGCUCGAGUACUGAACAUGGAAGGUGCCAUCAGCGAGAUCUUAGGACAUCUCCGUCAGGGGAAUGAGCUCACCAAGCAAGUCAAUAACCUGGGGUAUAAAGGGGUUAGGCAUGGUUUUCAAGAGGGUGACCUUGCAACUGAAUCCGGCCGAGCCGUUCUUUUUACCAAGUUAAUUGAGGGGCAACCUCGAAGUCUCUGGUAUAGCCCUACAUGUAGUCCUUGGUGUGCCUGGAGCGCAAUGAAUACCGCGCAGACUGAGGCAGGGUUCAAGACAAUCCAAGCUCUCCGACAGCAACAUAUGUACCAACUGGCAUUGGGCAUUGUGCUUUUCCGUUUCCAGAGACAGAAUGGCAGACACAUGCACUGGGAGCAACCUGCUCGAUCACUCAUGACCAGGUCUCCGAUGUUGCGUGAAGUAAUGGAAAACACAUACCUUGCCCAAUUCGACAUGUGCAGAGUAGGAGGCAUGCGUGACCCUGUCAACCAACUUUUGUACAAGAAGGGAAUGGAAAUCCUUACCACGUCCUAUCAAUUAUACAGCCAACUUCACGGUCGUAAGUGUAACCACCUUCAUCAACACCAAACACUUGAGGGAGAAACAAUGUUCAAAGGUCACCGCAUGAGAAGAACUGAAUUUUCUGAGAAUUACACCCGAAAGUUUGCCCGAACGUUGGCCCAAGUGCUUACCAAAGUCAAGAUGAUUAAGGAAGCACCACUGCAUGUUGCCGAGCAUGAACCUUCGUUUGCAAGCUCAGGAGCCAAGAGAAGAUCCGUUUCUGCCGGUGUCCAAAGUGCCAAACGAGCAAAACUGAAAGAGGGUAGCAUCAAAAGUGUCUUGAUCAACCCAGAAAUGUUGCCGUCCAAACGUAGGAGACUUUCUGGAAAGACCCAAAGUGAUGAUACCCCAAAAGUGUUGUGUGAACAAGUUUGCAACAGGGUACUUGAGAUCAUGCCGAAGGCCGGAACGCUCGGCUUUUUGAAAGGUGCCAUUUGUAGCGGUGAGAUACUGUGGGGCACCAAGCCCUUUUAUGCAGUAGCGUUCCCCAAUUCCACCCGGCAAUACCUCAAUGUGGUGGACAAGUCCAAAGCAGCACUGGAGGGAUUGUUUGUCAAGAUCUUUGGUACGCAACCUCCACCACUGGUGGAGCAUUGUCGCUCUGACCUACUGGCUGCUGCUUUUGAAGACACUGCCAUCACAGUUACUUUGGAUCUGCAAGAUGGCAGACUGCGUAUCCCAGCACAGCUCCAACAAGGGUUUCUAGCACCGGUCAUGGACCAACGUGGCGAACGCCAUCAGCAAAUGGGACUCACACUGGCAAAGAUGUCUGCCGAGCUUCUUGUUCAAAACACUGAGUGCUACGCAAAAGCCAUUGAUGGGGAGAUCUUGGCAGAAGCCCGAGACAAGAAUCAGGCAUUUGUGCGAGCAUAUCUCAAGAGGGUUUCCAUCGAUCUGGCUGAUCUCAAUUACUAUCAAGUAAUGUUCGAUGCUGGCAAUCCUACUGCGAGCGUUGGAAAGACCCUUGUUGUGGUGCUAUGGGAUGACCCGCUAACAACUCCAAAGCGCCCUGUCAAGAAGCGCUUGCUGGAUGCUACGCCUAUGAAUGUGUCUCCUCCUCAUGAUGUUCAUCAUCAUGGUGACAGUGAUGAUGGAAAUGCUCCCUCUAUGAAAGCUGACAAAGGAUCACCUGCUUCCACCAAAGACUUUGGUACUCCUUUGUCAAAGGCUUCCACCAUCUAUGAUUUUGCAGAGUACCAGAACAAGAAGAAAGCGUCUCAAGGUAUGGACAUGCCUAUGGGAUCCCGUCCUGACAUGUCGGAGACCUUGGACGAUUCUUUCUCACCCAAUCCUGUCACACCUGCAAAAGCUCGCCCUGGUGAAGAGUCAAUGAAGGUGAGCCCGGCAAGCCCUCACACUCCCACACCGAAAGGAGAACCCAAAAAGGCAGCGAAGGAAGAGUUGGGGACACCCAAGACCCCGACAGUGACGACACGUGCUCGCACCCCACAGGCUCCCAAGGAUGGUUUGCCUCGUGGUUACCAUGUCGAUGGUCCUGUGGAGUGUGCUGAUGAUGAGUCUGAUGAGGAACAGCCUUUGCUUCUUCGACUUUUGCGUCGCAAAGCCGCCAUUGCUUUCGAGUACAUGGACUAUGUUGGCUACAACCGUUCCUUUGGGAAGAACAUCCAGGUCCACAGCAAGCAAGUCUACGAGAGGAGCGAGAUGGAGAACCACGGGUGGGUGAAGAGGGGUGGAAUCUACCGCAAGCCCAACCAGGAUCCACCAUCGGUGACUGAGUUGAAGAAGUGGGAGAAAGCACAGGCACAGAAGAGUCGCCCCAGCCCCAUGAAGAAGAAGAAGGCUCCGACCUCGAAAGCAUCCAAGACGGCCCAGACCUUGAAGAAGCCGGCCCGCGCCAGCCUGAAGAAGGGUGCCAACAGCAGCAUGAAGAAGAGCACGGUCAUGAAGGCCCACAUCAAGAAGAAGGGCAACAAGUGCAGCGCCCGCACAGAAGGCAAAAGCUGCUACAACACGAACUACAAGCCAUUCGUCUCCAAUGGGGUCAGCAGUGCUUUUUGUCACACUUUUGUCGACGUUCCAGAUCUUUGCCCUACGGUGGCUGUUGAUGACCUACUUGGCGAACAAGAGCGCAAGCGCAAGGGGGAAGCUAUGGGAUCUCCAGCCAAAAAGGUUUCUAAGGAAAUCAAAGAUGAUGACGAGGUGCCACCGCCGCCACCUCCACCUGCAGAUGCAGGAGCCACAGCAUCCACACCAGCUGAGCCUAAGGCUGCAAUGGAAGCAGGUGGUCAAAUCGACGUAGGUGCCAUUGCGCGGCUACGCAAACAGGCGAAAGCUGCACAGAAGGGUUCCUACCAGCAGGUACAAAUGCUAGCAAAUGCUUUGGCACCAGCUGUGUCUUUGGACUCAUUCCUUCCUCAGCAAAGAGCUCCCAUGGUUGAACCUCUUGAUAUUGAUGCGCUGGUGCACAAACCUACACUGGUUGUGUGUUGCGAUGAGGAACGAAAGCAGAUCAAGUGGAUCCACCAGCUGCAAUAUGCACUGAAGCUUCGUCUCAUGAAAAAGCAAGAUUAUCAUCACCGCAGCAAGAAUGACGGCAGGUUCAAUGAAGAUCUCGAUGAAGUUGCUUGGGACCUAGGGUUACCUCGAUCUACGUCUGCCGAAGACGUUCAUUGUGCUCUCAAACAAAAAGCGGAACAGCUUACGCACGCGCAAGAGGUAGGGUCCUUAAUGUCUUUGUGGACUUUCCUGAAGAAGGUCUUCAAGUAUCGGAAGGCUUUGCUUGGCGGAACGGAUGACGACAAGGAUGACGAUCCAGCCCCAGCAGCAGAAGGAUUUAUUUUUCUGAGAGACCUCUACGAGAAGCACACCUUCAGGCUUGGGGACACCCUUUGCUCGACAAAGGAGUUGAUUGAAGAUGCCUUUGGGCACGCCGCGGAUGCCAAACGGGCCAACAAAAACCCCCUGAAGUCUUUGGCUCCAGAGCGCUUUCACCUGAACACAAGUUUGUGGGGUAGACUGGACAGAGACGAGUGGCCCAAGUUGGGAACAGAGUUGGAUGACUUUGGCAGCACCAAAGGACUUUCUGUCAGACAGGACCGACGUGUUGUUGAACAAGAAAGCAAAGGGCCCCUACCUGAUUUGGAAAAAGUGAAGCCUGCAUCAGCUCAAGCAGAAGCCAAAGCAACAGCAGCUAUGGUGGCACUACGCGCGAGUUCGAUGAAUGGUUUCAAAUCCUUAACUGGCAUGUGGAUCGGGAAUCUGAUGCAGAAAGGGCUCGUGUUUCACGAGGUCAUGUUGGGCACCUUCAACCUAUCUCUUGGGUUCACAGGAAUGUCGGGCAUUUCAUGGGAGUUGACCCAUUUCGUGCAUGAUGAACAAGACUAUUUUGCAAUUGCUCCUGCCAGCAUGGAAAUCGAUGACGUUAGAAAGCGUGCAUCUUUCUUCAACCCCAUUCACGUGUCGGGACCGUCUCGGGCUGAAGUUCUUGAAGAAUUUGUUGGCGUUCCAACGGCAGUGUGCUGUACAUGGGAAUUGCCAACGGAGUUGCGGGAAUACGGCUUGGUGUUCAAGAGGGUUGGGCCUGAUGAAUGUUUGGUUCGCUUUUGGCUGACAUACGGUGUCCCAGCCCUGAUGACCAAAGACAUUUUGUCGAUGCUGGUCAAGAACUUGAUCUUCCUCAACAGCAUCACAGUGACACGGUACAAGGAAAAAAAGACGGGUUUCAAGUCGCAAAUGUAUGCUCUCAUCACAGCUUACUUCCCUGACCCCAGUGAAGAAGAACAUCAAAAACUCUUGGACAAAUGGUUUGACGAAAAGCCCGACAGGCAAAAAGGACAUACGGCUGCUUCAGCAUACUCUGCCGAGUUCAUGCCUGACCUGGUCGGUAAACUGGGUCAGGAACAAGACGCCAAGGAUUUUGAGGAUUUAAAGACCUACUACGAGGACCAGGCCCGAAGGCAGUUUGUGCUUUCCCGAGUGGGGCAUGCCAAGGACAUGUCCCAGAAACCCGGACGAGAUCAAAUUGAGCAAGCACUUCGCGAGGCAGAAAACCCAGAGGCAGAGAUCGACGAAGACAAUCCGGAUGAGAUUCCAGAACAUUGUGAAACCAGGGUUGCCAAAGACAAAGACAACACGGCAGAAGAUGAACCAGGCGGCGUGGUCAGCAAAAUUCCUCUGGCAACCCAGUUGCAGCUGGCCAAUGGCCCUCUCGGCACCCAGAAAAAGAGGAAAACUUGA